AUGAAUUUACCUGCUGUACUAAAGUCUAGUUUGCAGCUCCCUGUUGCUGGAUUUACGGUCAAUGUUGUCCAGAUAGAGUUUUCUGAUCAUUUAAUGAUACUUAUUUCGCGCAACGGGAUGAUUGGAGAUAUUGUAUUGUCCCAAAAGAGUAAUAUACCGACACUAAAUGGUCAUAUUUCUCACGAUCAUGAUGCUAGGACUCUGUUUGGCCCUGAAAAAAUGAAUACUUCUCUUAUCGCAAGACAGAUCACUAAAACUUUGGACACUUCAAAAACAGUACUUGUUAGUACGGACUUUAAGGAAGAUAUUUGUUUCAGUGAUACUCAAUUAAUCUGUGAUGUUUUAAAAAAUACAAGAUCUACAUAA